AUGUUUCCAGUCUCGUCCAAUAGCGCCACGCAUGCCUCGUAUUUCUUGAAGCAUGGUGGUGGGUGGUCCACCCUCCCUGGGGCACUUGACAUUGAAUACAAUCCAAGCGGCUUCGAGUGCUAUGGCUUGAGUGCGUCAUCAAUGGUGUCUUGGAUCAAGAAAUCCGUUCAAGUGAUUUACACCACUACAGACUGUUGGAAAUCGUGCACCGGUAAUUCCGCAAGUUUUAUGUCGACCAACCACCUGUGGAUAACUCACCCCGGCUCUUCCAUCGGUACUCUUCCCGUUAAGUGUUUUCCACUUAUGCCUUUUUUUUGA